AUGGCGACUCUCGUUCGCACCCAAGUCGUACAGCUCGCUGAGCAGGACGAAAUUCUUCGAACUUCAGUUCCGAAACCAUUUCCGAGCGCAGAAGAAAGAGAGCAACUACUUCAGGAAGCACUUCUGGAAGAACUUGCCGAGGAGCAAGUAGAGUAUGAGGCUCGUGCCAACGGGAGCAUAUCGCAAAGCAACCCGCGAUCGGUGCCAGCGCUACAUAAUGUAAACCAUAUUGCACCAGAAAGACUGCUCACAACCAUCAUACCAUCAAUCACUGCCGUGCAGAAUUCGUGUCUCAUGACACUCAACAAUUUGUUAUCCGUCCCUACAAGAUGGCAGCCAAUUGUCCCAGACAGGCGCCAUUCGAUGCCAGCCUCUAUGCACUGCGAGCAGGCGCCGCAAUCAUACUCCGCACUUGAGACGCUUGUGUUAAAUCUCAGAAAUCAUGACGGUGGGGAGAUACCUCGCAAAGUCCUGGAUGAUCACACAGCUCUCCUAGAAGAACUUAGGGAUCGAGUCGAUGCCCUAGCGCCUUCCAUGAACCGACAGGAUGCACACUUUGCACAAGUCAUAGUGUCCCUCCUUUUGGACUUGGAUCAGUUGCCUGCAGUUUCUCCCUCUUGGGAUUCUCCUCCUCAGGCAUCUUCAUCCACUUAUCCUAGCCUUGCCGCUCGACAUCCCGCUGAUCUAUUAAGUACCCUGAAAAAGCAGCUUGGUGAUCUACAAUUGGAGCGGCAGGCAGGGGCAAGCAUUCUCUCCCCGCAAUCCCCAGUACAAACUGUAAAAACCGCGCUCCUUUGGUCCAAGAUUGACCGAAAAUUAGAAACUGUAACAGCACUUUGUAAAGAUCGCGCUGAUUCCCAUCGUUCCCCCUCCCUAGAUCAUCUCCCCCCUCAAUAUGACCAUGUAGGCCACGACUUCGAGACACCCCCAGAAUAUGAUGCUGAAUAUCAAUCAUCUUCCGAAAAGGCUGGCAUUCAGCCACCAAGGUCGAUACCGUCUCCCAGCAUUUCCAACGAGAAACUGCGCAUGGAUUUUGAUGCCGUGACGCUGGCAAUCGAGCGUCUGUACAUCGUUGCACCUCAGCUACACAAUCAACGAGUGGAAUUGAAAAGCUCCAAGCUCGCACAAAUGGAGCGUGCACGGCUUGAAGGUCCUAAAGUCCAGCCUUCCUUAUCUAAGGGGAAGCAGAAAGCUCAUGAUCGGGAUAUGCGCGACCUUGACCACAUGCUUGAGCUCCUCGGGAAAGCGUCAGACCGCAAGUUGACUGAUCAGUCAGUUGUCAUGGAUAGCAGACGGAUGGUCAGGCUCAGGCAAACAAAGCAGGAGUACGAAGAUCAGCGAGGUGCAUUCGUCGAUCAUCUUAUCAAGCGUUCGGGAGUUGGGAGAUUGCAUGACCAAGAUGCCAUCCUGCAACCCAAAGUCAGAUCACUGGAUGAGCUCGUCACGCUCCCUGAGUUCAUUCGCGAAUCGAUGUCCAGUAUCCCACCUGAGUCAUGCCAACAUACGUCCUCUUCUGGAGAUGCACUCGAGGAGCCGGUUCCUGACGUUUCCGCAAUGAGCCUCAAGAAGUCACGCACUCGAAGUAUAUCUGCCCCACAGUGGUUGCGCCCUGCAGCGGAACUUAGCCGACGGCUAUCUAAGGGUUCCAGCAGACCGGGCUCGUCCCACGGGCAGGUCCAAUCUGGAACAGAACAGUCGCAGCAGCAAGGGGACCUUGCACUCGAUAUUUCCUAUGUCGCCGAAUAUCACGAGACCUUGAGACAUGUCCUGGUCUUCGUAACAGUAUCGGGCAUUCCCGUUGACACAGAACUACAGGCUGAAGUGUUGCCAACUUCAUCUAGUGGGACAGAAGGUGACUGCCUGGUGAUUAGGAGUUCUUGGGCCUCUUCGCCUCCACUAGGCCUGCCUGUCCGAGUCCCUGUUGGGAAGAAAGCUGUUCAAAUUUGCCAAGGACACUACGAGCUCAAACUUGGGAUUGCGAAUCCACAGGCUGCGAGGUCCUCUUCGCCCGAUGAACCUACCUCGUUGAUGUCUGCUGAGCAACUCCUAUCAUCGAAGCCGACAUCCUGGUCCUGCAUAUCCUGCUCGCUUCCCCUCGUCCACAGCCCGAAGUUGCUCAAAUACCGUGACCUCCCAUCAGAACAUUGGGAAGAACUUGUCGAUGCCUGGAUGUGCCAUACAGACCAAACACUACACAAUCACGUUGCGAAGCAUGGCCGCGGGUUCUGGCCAGAAGACAGCGAGGCUCUGGUUGGGUGUGGCUACAUUCUCUUCCAGCAAUCGGCAAUAGUAUCCAAUAAUGUCUCCUGCACCGAACAGCCCCUGGUAAAUACACAUUUUCUAUUGAACUCGUGUUAUUGUAGGGCGAUCAAGAAGGCCGACGUUGGGCUUCCACCAGCGGCUGCCAGUCGAUCGUCGGUGCUCUGCUUUGAUGCCUUGGAAGCCCCAGCAGGUUUCUUCGUACCAUCAAGUAGUGGGGCAUGCGUCCGAGAUGGAGAGUCGUGGCUGGCACGAUGUAUAUGCGGUGCAGUAAUUGGUCGGCGGCAUGAACGACAUAGUUCAGAUGGCACAGCUUCAGCGAUGUACCGUUUGUUCAAGUAUGCGGUGCGGCCAGUCAGUCAAAUAGCGGAACUUCCCCGAUUCCCAAUGUCUGCAUUCAUCAUGCAAGACAUGCUCGAGCAUGUGUCUGCUCAUGCAACGUACCGCUUUGUUAUCUCUGAUGAAGAAGAGGAGCGGCCGCGAAUUUUGGUAUGGCUGUUCAAGCCGAAGAUUCGUGUCUCGUAUAUGCUGCCCACGCCAUACCUUCUUCCGAAACAGGGCUCCAUCGACGCGUCAAAAGUAUUGUACAAAAUUUUGGGGCCGUCGUCGUCAACGAUGGCUUUGGAAGACCUACUGGCUCGAUACCCUGGGUUCCCUCAAGCGGAGCACCUCUUCUAUCCAAUCAGUGUUUGUCGCAAGCUUGCAGGGCUCUUGACGGAGAGCACGCAUUCGUAUCCAGAGAACAUAAAGACAAUGACGGGCUUGCAUGUUGGCUGGUUAAAUCGUGGAUCCUGAUAAGUGGGUGCCGCGUCUUACUGUUUUUGCACCAAAUCGAGUGGUGUUUAUUGGACGCUCGAGCACUCAACUUCCAUCGAAACAACAGUCAUACGAUACCAUAAUUGACAACCUAUACAGACAUCUACAUCGUACAUAGCACCAUACAAUGCUACCAUACUACGGACACAGUAUCCAUCAAAGUUGGAAGGGGUUUCCACUUCGCCAACACACUUUCGAGUUCUGUCUAGAAUAUUUGAAUCUUUCUUGUACUCAGGUUACAGUCAAGAUUCGUUGCAGCAAUACAGACAAG